CAAAAUAUUCGAAAUCCAAAUAUAGCAAAAUCCAAUGAAUACAAAGAAUAGAAUGUAACGUUUGACUAGUUGUCUUUUUAAUAUGGACAGUAUGUAAAUAUGAUCCUCUUUUAAUUUUGGUAAACAAAUAACAGAAUUUGUUUUUUGUUACAAUCCAAAGUUUUUUUUUUUUUUUUGACAGCCCAUCCAAAGUUGUUAACUAUUCUAAAUUUUGAAAUAUAAAUACUCAAAUUAACUCUUAAGCUUCACCACGAAUACGUAAAACAAUGUCUCUACUCAAAACCAACAUUUUAUUUCUCUUAGCAAUUGCUCUUUUGUAUGGCUCUUUAGCCGAAGAUUUGCAACAAGAAUUCUUAGAGGCCCACAACGAAGCCCGAAACGAGGUUGGGCUUGACCCAUUGGUUUGGGACGAUGAGGUCGCUGCUUAUGCCGCCAGCUAUGCAAACCAGAGGAUCAAUGAUUGUGCAUUAGUCCAUUCGAACGGACCAUUUGGAGAGAACAUAGCUAUGAGUAGUGGAGAUAUGCCGGCUGAAGAUGCUGCAGAAAUGUGGAUCAACGAGAAACAGUACUACGAUUACAAUAGUAACACGUGUAAUGAUCCAAACGGUGGCACGUGUCUACAUUACACGCAAGUUGUUUGGAAAAACACAGUUAGAUUGGGAUGUGCUAAAGUUGUGUGUAACAGUGGUGGCACUUUUAUUACAUGCAACUAUGAUCCUCCUGGUAAUUACAUUGGUCAAAACCCAUACUAAUUAAAAAUAAUUUCAUGUCUUGUGUCUUGUUAAUGAGGCAAAUUAAAAGAGAUAAUGAGUUGUUUGUUAGUUGUUACUGUCAUUUCUUAGCUGUACAGAGAAAGAUAUUAACAAUUUUUAAUAAUGAUGACAUCCACCUCUC